AUGAAAUCUCUCUGGCUGGCUGCGACGGGCCAGCAUCCCAAUCCUGACGAUUACAGGGGCACUGAACUUUGGUCUAAUCCUGAACGAUCCGGCUGGCUAACCAAGCAAGGCGACUACAUCAAACAAGGCAAGCUCUUUUGGUUCAAAGACUUUUCCAACGUCACCCACGCCUCCACACCACGCGGUGUGAUCCCCGUUGGCACCUGCCUCACUGUUAAAGGUGCUGAGGACAUCGUCAACAAACCUUACUCUUUCGAACUCUCUACCGGAGAAUAUACAAUGUACUUCAUCGCCGUUUCAGAGAGGGCGAAAGAGGAAUGGAUCAAUGCAUUUUAG